AUGAUUGCAGCUAAAAGAGGAUUUCAUACAAUUCUUUCAAAGCCGCUUGAUUAUUUUCCAAGUAUUGCUUUGGUUUAUGAAAAUAUUGUAAGCGCGAUAUAGGAAAUAUUAAGCUAUCAAGCUUUGGAUUUAGGUCUAGGAUGAAGCUGAUCGAUAUUUCUAACUUCAUUUGGGUUAAGACUUGCUGCAGUACCUUUAGGAAUGCUUUUAGAUAAAAUAUCCUGAGAAGUUCCGAAAAAACUCCAAAACUCAGUUCAAAGAGCUCAAAAAUCAUUUUUAUUGAACGAUUUGGAAGAUGACGUAAAGAGAUUGAAAUUGACCAAUUUAGAGCACAAUGAAUUGAAAAGAUAUUUUAAUGGAAACAUAAUAAUGAGACAAGGCAUUUUAGGAUAUCUUGGAUUAAGCUACUUCAGAGCCCUACAUCAUGUAAUGGAUUCUCCUCAAUAUUAUGAAGGACUCAUCAAUAGUAAGUUUUUAGGAAUAUGAGAGUUACAAAAAUACGACCCAAUGUUCCUUCUCCCUAUCUCAGUAGGUUUUAGUUCUUACUGGCUACUAAAAAAUGCAAGCCACCCGUUUUUUAUUGGGCUAUCUCAAAACUCAAGACUUGCACUAUCAUUUCUACUGUCCGUAUUCAGCAUUUACUUGCCUGCCAGUUACAUUGAAGCAUGAUUAGCACUUGCUUUAAGCCACACAGUAUGCAAGAAGCUUCUUAAACUAAAACAUUAA